AUCAUAGAUUCACUUUAUUACAACGAUGAAACGCACAGUGUAAUGGUGACUUUCGCACCGGGCAAAUUCCAUCGAAAAGUCACACAUGUAAUGUAUAAUUUGCUGCUAAAUGGCCCAAUUAAAAAACUUAUUAAGUGUCAUACAUAUGAAACUGACUCGGACGUGAUCACCUGUUCGACAAGCGCCUUUUGGAACACGAUUUAUGGCCCUCGUGCGGUAAUUUAUGAUGAAAGUAGCUCAAAACUGGUAUUCCUGGAUUGGUUGCGCCGCCGUCCGGAUGUUGCUCUGCAUGUGGACGAUUGUAUCAUUGCCAUCAAAGAAGUGCCCACUGGUGAUCCGAAGCGUUUUCGACUUGGCUGUCUCGGUAUUGCUGCUGUUCACUUCUUUGAUGUUGAAUGCUGA